AAAUACGUGGAAAUCCAAGGUAGGCGAUAUAGUUGGUAUAAAAAAAGAAUUUGUCACCCAUUGCCAAAGUCAAUCUGGAAGAUAUCUGUUUUCUUACAAAGACAAGUUGCACGUAACUUACAGGGAACUAUGAAGAAUUUGUUUGUUCUUGCCCUUUGUUUGGUCAGUGUUGUUUACUCAAACCCAUACAGGAAUAUUGGACUCUAUAGAGGCUAUGUUGGAUGUUUCGUGGAUGACCGUAACCACCUUAUGUUAAAGCACCGGAAACAGGUUUUACAUCGGAAUUCUUUGGAGAAAUGCAGACAUCACUGUAGAGGGUUCAGGUAUCUUGGAUUACAGGCCGGUCGUUGGUGUCUUUGUGGAAAUAGGUAUUACAGCCGAGCAUAUCCCCAAGCAUCAGAGUUGGAAUGCAACUACCGUUGUCCAGGAGAACCUAAUAGGAUGUGUGGAGGCUCGUGGAGAAAUGCCAUUUAUGAAGUUUGCCCCUGAUUCCGUUGGAAAAGAAACACAAACAGAAUAUAACAGAUAAACUGCAUCGUCGUUAUUAAAAUAUCUAAAUCAUAGAACUUUAUUUUAUAAUCAUGUUAUUAAAUGUAGAAUCAUAAUAAAUUAUAUCUUAAAUCAA